UUUUUACUUGCCUGUGAAAUCUAUCAGUUUUCACUUGUGGGUUGCACAUAAUGCAUAGAUCCUUCCGUUUUUGUUCGUUCGGAAUGUAGGGUUCACAUUGCGUAGCUUUGUGCUCUCUAUCCUAUUAGCUCUAUUCAUCAAUGCAUCAUUCAGUGUUAAAUUGCCAAAAGAUGCACACAUGUCUUUUUCAUACUUGAAUUCAGGUUAGGAUAUGCUCAUCAAAGUCAAGACUCUUACCGGUAAGGAAAUAGAGCUGGAUAUUGAACCUAACGAUAAAGUAGAGAGAAUCAAAGAAAAGGUAGAAGAAAAAGAAGGAAUCCCUCCUCCCCAACAACGGCUAAUUUUCGCAGGCAAGCAAAUGAACGACGAUAAGACUGCGACGGACUAUAAGGUUGCUGGAGGUUCUGUUCUGCAUUUGGUACUGGCCCUUCGCGGUGGAUAGUCGUUCCUACUCGUCUCACUCACUUUAAUUCAUAUUUGUGCUGCUUCAAAUUCUCCUUCUACCGGUGAUAAAUUGCACG